AUGUUGAAGAUAUGGUCUAUGAAAAAGGAGCAGAAGGAUGCGGAAAAUGCUGAAGGCCAAGCUUCUGGCGGCAAGAAGAAGAAGGUGACCGCCGCUCAGUUGCGCGUGCAAAAAGGUAUGGCCAAGUGCCUCGCCGACACCAAGACCGAGAAACAGCUAACACAGGCUAUUGCAGAUCUUUCAGAACUUUCCCUCGGCUCGACGAUGAAGACAGAGUUCCCCGACCCUGACGAUAUCCUUAACUUUGUCCUCACAAUUGACCCCGACGAGGGCAUGUACCGAAGCGGUCGAUUCACAUUCGAUUUUACCAUUAACCAGAACUUUCCACACGAGCCGCCCAAGGUCCGAUGUCGAGAAAAGAUUUAUCAUCCCAACAUUGACCUUGAGGGCAAGGUGUGCCUGAACAUUCUGCGAGAGGACUGGAAGCCUGUGUUGAACUUGAACGCAGUGAUUGUUGGCCUACAGUUCCUUUUCCUUGAACCAAACGCAUCGGACCCGCUGAACAAGGAGGCAGCUGAGGAUCUACGAAACAACCGGGAAGGCUUCAAGCGCAAUGUGAGGACUGCUAUGGGUGGCGGAGUGGUUAAGGGCACGAAUUACGACAGGGUCCUCAAAUAG